CCCCCCGUCUCCCCCUGCUCCGGCUCUCAAUGUUCCACACUGCCCGGCCACAGAGCCGCCGCCGCCGCCGUAUAGCCCCCCGGCCGCCUCCGUCCCCUUCUCGGGCGCCGCGGGCCCGGCCCGGCCCCCCGCCAUCCCGCCCCUCCGACCCAGCAGCGGGACAGGACGCCGGCGAAGUGCCCCACAAUGUCCAGUGAUAGGCAGAGGUCAGAUGAUGAAAGUCCAAGUACCAGCAGCGGUAGUUCAGAUGCCGAUCAGAGGGAUCCACCUGCACCUGAACCUGAAGAGCAAGAAGAACGAAAACCAUCUGCCACUCAGCAGAAGAAGAACACCAAACUAUCCAGCAAAACUACUGCUAAGCUGUCUACCAGUGCUAAAAGAAUCCAGAAGGAGCUAGCUGAAAUAACCCUUGAUCCUCCUCCUAACUGCAGUGCUGGCCCUAAAGGAGAUAACAUUUAUGAAUGGAGAUCAACUAUACUUGGACCCCCAGGUUCUGUAUAUGAAGGAGGUGUUUUUUUCUUGGAUAUCACAUUUUCAUCUGACUAUCCAUUCAAGCCACCAAAGGUUACUUUCCGUACCAGAAUUUAUCACUGCAACAUCAACAGUCAGGGAGUCAUCUGUCUGGAUAUCCUGAAAGACAACUGGAGCCCUGCUUUGACUAUUUCAAAGGUUCUGCUGUCUAUUUGUUCUCUUCUGACAGACUGCAACCCAGCUGACCCUCUGGUUGGAAGCAUAGCCACUCAGUACCUGACCAACAGAGCAGAACAUGACAGGAUAGCCAGACAGUGGACCAAGAGAUAUGCAACAUAAAUGACAAACUACUUGUGCAGUGUGAAGGUGCAGAAGGCAACUUUGCAGUGUGCAACAAAUCUUUAUAGCCUUUACAAUACGGACUUCUGUGUAUAUGUUAUACUGAUUCUACUCUGCUUUUAUCCUUUUGAAGACUGGGAUACUGCCCCCUAAAAAGGUAAAUGCUAUCAAGAGUAGAAAUUUGUAGCUGUAGAUUAGUUAUGUUUAAAAUGCCUACUUGCAAGUCUUGCUUCUUUGGGAUAUCAAAAUGUAUUUUGUGAUGUACUAAGGAUACUGUUCCUGAAGUCAACCAAAUAUUAUAGUGCAUUUUAGCCUAAUUCAUUAUCUGUAUGAAGUUAUUAAAGAUAGCUGUAGAUUACUAGGAAUUACGUCAUUUGUAUUAAACCCAGAUCUAUUUCCAAUAUGUGGUACAUGCUGUUGUGAAAACUGUUUUAACUUUUACCUUUGUCAGUUUGUAAUGAAAGGAUUUCCUUUUUCCCUUUGUAGCUCAGAGAGCACCCAGUGUAUCAUCUCAAACACAAUAAACAUAUUCCCCAAGGAGUAGUUUCUUUGUUUUCCUAUUUUAAAUUAAUAUUUGAAUAAAUUUAAUUAUAGUAACAAGGCAGGGCCAAUGUAUCACAGAUCCCUGUGGAUAAUCUUUAAAUUAAUAUACAUAAGCAAAGGCUUGCUGUUAAAUGUUUAAUGCACACCUGUGGAUUGUUUAAGUUUUCCCUGUUUUAUUUUGAACAGAACAGAUUUCAUUUCUAUAAUUUCCCUAAAUUUAAUGCUGUUAGGCUCUUUCUCAAGUUGGAAUGAGAGCAUUGCGUACGCUUGCUCCAGAAGUUAAUGUGAUGUAGCUGGUUGCUUCAGGGCCAGUCCUGCUCUCCUAACAGGCUGCCCAAGUCUUGCUACAAUUAUUUUCUUUUGCAGGACGAGGGACAAGUUAGAUUGGUGCUUUUGUUUCCAAGUAAAGCAAGUCGGACUUGCUGAUCUAGAGAACUACAGUUACCCAUUGAAAAUGGUCUUCCAAAGCAUGAUUGAACACUGUAUCAUCUGUCCGGAAAAGAAAGUAGUAGAAUAAAUUUAAUCAGAUUUUUAUGGCAUGAAAAGAGCUUGGGGUGGGGGGG